UUUCGUGUGUGUUUACGCAGUGACAUUUUGUAUUUUGUCUAAUUCGAGUUUGUGGUCAGGCUUAGGACCAUGAUGUUGCCCAGAGAUCUAGCGGGUCUCUCGGGUGUGCUAGGCGCAGUCUAUCUGCUUGCCAGCGUUGUGUCCUUUGCGGAUGCAAAGGACUGCAAUACAACGCUGUGCGACUGCAAGGGCAUUAAAGGACGCAAUGGCCAGAUUGGAAAUCCAGGUGUUCCCGGACGUGAGGGUUCACCCGGCGAUUUGGGGCCGUUUGGACCGCCAGGAUAUUUCGGCGAGAAAGGCGAUUUCGGAGAAUACGGCGAACAGGGCGAAAAGGGACAUCGGGGUGAUGCUGGACUGCAAGGGGAGAAUGGUUUUCCAGGACCACGCGGCUUUCCUGGUGAGGACGGUACAUCUGGACCACGUGGCAUUGAUGGCUGCGAUGGUCGUGAAGGCGCACAAGGCAACCCUGGUCAACCUGGUGUGAAUGGUAUACGCGGUCCUAUGGGUAAGCCCGGUUUACCUGGCGCAAUGGGUGAUGCUGGCGAAGGUGGCAUUAAUUCCAAGGGCACCAAGGGUAGUAUUGGCGAGCGUGGACGCAAUGGUACUGAUGGAGUCCAGGGAUACAAAGGCGUUUCUGGUAUUAAGGGUGACAUCGGAUACGCCGGCAUACAGGGUGAGAAAGGUGAAGAGGGCCCCCAAGGAUACAAGGGUGAAAUGGGUGUUCCGGAGAGCUAUCCAAUACUUCAGGGCGUUGUGGGCGAAAAGGGUGAGCCCGGCGAAGGUGAAGCUGGCGCAUUACGUUAUGAUGAAUCCCUAAAAGGCUACAAGGGAUACGCUGGCGAGCGCGGCGCAAUCGGCCCGCCCGGCAUUUACGGCGAGCCAGGACAAAUUGGACGCGAUGGAUUACCUGGCGUCCGAGGCGAUAUUGGAUCACGCGGCGAACGUGGAAAGCCGGGUCGUGAUGGAGGUCCAGGCGGACCUGGUGAUAAGGGCAUGAAAGGCGCUCCAGGCUAUGAUGGUGAGGACGGUGAAGAUGGCAGACCUGGUGAGCAUGGUGACGAUGGCUUUGAUGGUAUGCCCGGUGCUCAGGGUCCCUUUGGACCGCCUGGUGUCUACGAUCCCAGCUUGGACAAGUCAUUACCCGGUCCCAUCGGACCGCAAGGUGACAUCGGUCCUAAUGGUCCACCUGGUUUAAAUGGCAUUCCUGGCAAGCAAGGCCGUCGCGGCCCCCAAGGACCACCAGGCCCACCCGGAGAUCAGGGCCUUAAUGGAAACCGUGGACCACCUGGACGCAGUGAGAAAGGUGAAGAUGGAGACUACGGUUUAAUGGGACCUCCUGGCGAGCAAGGUCCACCUGGCGAGGCUGGGCCCCUGGGUCGCGACGGCUAUCCUGGCGAUCCCGGCCUUAAUCGGUACGGACCAAAAGGACAGCCUGGCCAGCAUGGAGUUCCUGGCUCAGAUGGCUACCGCGGUGAUCGUGGAGAGGUCGGCGUGACGGGUGACAAAGGUAUGCCGGGUGAGGGUCUCAAUAUUGUUGGACCAGCAGGUUCUCAAGGCCCACCCGGUAGACGCGGAAGGCCUGGCAUUGAUGGUAGCCCUGGCCUUCGAGGAUACCCUGGUGACAAGGGUAUACGAGGUGAUGACUGUGGAUACUGCCAUGCCGGACCUCGUGGCAUUAAAGGAUUGAUGGGCGAUGCUGGUUAUCCAGGCGAGCAUGGGGCACGCGGCAUGGCCGGUAUGACUGGCCCUCGCGGACCUAAGGGAGUUCAGGGUAACCCAGGCCAACGUGGUCACAAAGGAAUGCGAGGCUCAGAUGGUAUUCCCGGUGAGACGGGUCGCCCCGGUAAACAAGGUCCUCCUGGCAUAAUCGAUUAUAGCGGCAGCUUGAGGAAAGAGGAAAGGGGUGAUGACGGUGACAAUGGACCGCGCGGCGAUCAAGGGGCUCAAGGUGAACGAGGUCAAGAUGGUAGAAACGGCGAUCCAGGACCUAAAGGUGAACCUGGCAUGCGUGGAGACUUUGGUGACGCAGGGCGACCAGGUAUAGAUGGAGCUCCAGGAGUCGAUGGACGCGAUGGAAAGCCAGGUGCUCCGCAUAGCACACCCAAAGUUUAUUUAACCGGUCAACCUGGCUACAACGGAAGAAAGGGAGAACGUGGAGACGAGGGUAGCAUUGGCACUAAGGGUGACAAGGGUGAGCCACAUCCAGGCGAAAUAAUUCUAAACCGAGGAGAACCUGGUGACGCUGGUCUUGAUGGCGUACCCGGCUUUCGCGGACCUAAAGGCGAGAGAGGCGAACCAGGACUAAAAGGUGAAACUGGUCUAAUAGGUUUGCCUGGAGAUGUCUAUGUGGGACCUAUCGGUGCCAAAGGAUACAAGGGAGAAAAUGGUGAUUAUGGACAGCAAGGUCUUCCCGGUAAGCCCGGUAGAGAUGGUGAGCCUGGUUUGCCUGGCGCAGCAGGCUACAAAGGACAACGUGGUGAGCCCGGACAAUCCAAUUUGUCUGGAGAAAUUGGAGUUUCUGGUCGACCAGGCAUCAAGGGUAUACUUGGUGACAAGGGUUUCAUUGGUUACACUGGCCCUAAGGGACGACCGGGUCCAAAGGGAGUCAAGGGCAUGACAGGUGAUGAUGGUCUUUGGGGCCUGAAAGGUCUGCCUGGCAACAAGGGACAACGUGGUGACAUAGUGGUUGGACGUCCAGGUCCAAGAGGUGAGCCCGGUCGGCCUGGCAGCGUGGCUCUUCACGGUGUCAAAGGUCAGAAGGGUGAAGUCGGUUAUCCUGGUCAAUUUGGACAGAACGGUGCUAAGGGCAGCAUUGGAUUCUCUGGUCGCACUGGAAGAGUUGGCGACCCAGGACCACCAGGCCUUCUCGGUGAACAAGGCAUUGCAGGUCUACCAGGAAUUCCCGGAGAGCCAGGGGAUCGCGGUGACAUUGGAGUUUCUGGAAAUACUGGUAACAGGGGUCCACGUGGAAGUACUGGCGAUUUUGGAUCUAAAGGUUUUGCCGGUGAGAUGGGUCAGUUCGGCUCCACAGGUGUGCCUGGAAGACCUGGCGUUAAAGGCGAGCCUGGUGAUCAAGGUGUGCCCGGACGACCGGGUAUCAAGGGUGUAUCUGCGUACAGUGGCAUUAAAGGCGAUGUCGGUGAAGCUGGCUGGCAAGGUCCACCUGGAUAUGAUGGAGCACCUGGCUUUAAAGGUGAACGUGGUGAAACCGGAGAUUCAUUGCCCGCUUCUGACGGUAUACAAGGCAUUAAGGGCGCAGCUGGUAUUCCUGGUCGCAAUGGCAUGCCCGGCUUAAAUGGCCUGAAGGGGGCGCGAGGAGAGUUUGGAUUAUAUGGAAAUCCUGGAAUGAUAGGUGAUCAGGGCAUUGACGGUCUUCCCGGAUAUCCUGGUCGCAAUGGAAUUGUCGGUCCGAAGGGAGAAGUCGGUGAAAUUGGACCCAUGGGCUCACCUGGUGAGUUCGGAGAUAUGGGCGAUGUUGGGUAUCCAGGCGCACAUGGAAUACAGGGUGACGAGGGAGCUCCUGGCGAAUAUGGCUCAGACGGUAUACAAGGAGAAGUAGGAGAAGCUGGUGAGAUCGGUGAUGUCGGUCAAAUACUUUACUCUGACAUGCGCGAGAGUCGUGGAGAGCCCGGAACUCCUGGAUUUCCAGGUGAGGAAGGUAUACGUGGAAUGCCCGGUGAGGUUGGAUCCAUAGGCUACCAAGGAGCUCGUGGAGAGAGCGGCGAAAUUGGUUUCGGUGGUCAGCCUGGAUCUGAUGGCUUGCCUGGAAUAAAGGGUAUUCAAGGAGACAAGGGUCUACGUGGUCUACCCGGACCUCGGUUAGCCGCUGAGCAGGGCGAGGAAGGCGACAUGGGCUAUGAUGGUCUAUCCGGACGUCGAGGUCGUAUUGGCCAAAAGGGCGCACCCGGUGAGCAAGGUGAAUAUGGAUUGAACGGUGAAAUCGGCCCUCGAGGUCCUGUUCGCGAGGGACCCCCCGGUGUCCCCGGUGAUGAAGGCUAUCGAGGACCACCUGGCCGCAGUGGCUUGCACGGCCAUACGGGAAUCAAGGGUGACCGCGGCGACAUCGGAUUGCCAGGCGAAAGAGGUGAAUCUGGCUUUGCCAUUAGGGGCAGAGACGGUGACAUCGGUGAAAGAGGCGAACAGGGUGAACUUGGUUACGAUGGUGUUAAGGGUGAACAAGGCUUCAACGGACGUCCUGGUCGCACUGGCUUUAUUGGACUGCGUGGACCACGAGGUCCGACUGGUGAUGCCGGCUGGAGCGGUUAUAAUGGCAUUGACGGUCUUGUCGGUGAAAAGGGUGAAGCUGGUGUCACCUAUUCGUACACGUAUGCACGUCCCGGCGACCGUGGCGAGCCUGGUCUUGAUGGAUUUAAGGGUCAACAAGGCGACCAGGGUAUUCCUGGUCUUGAUGGCGCCGUGGGAAUGCGUGGUGUAAAGGGAUAUCGUGGCGAUGUUGGCGAGGUAGGCUACCAAGGUCCGGACGGUGAUCAGGGACAACGUGGUGAAAUGGGUGAGAUUGGUUUGACAGGGCAAGUAGGAUUGCAAGGUGCGCCCGGACCCCCUGGUGAUCCAGCCCCACCACCGCCACCACCCAAAAGUCGUGGAUUUAUAUUCACCCGUCACUCGCAAUCGGUGAGGAUUCCUGAGUGCCCUGCAAAUACGAACAAGCUGUGGGAAGGCUACUCACUAUCCGGAAAUGUCGCAAGCAGUCGAGCCAUUGGUCAAGAUCUUGGACAAUCUGGUUCUUGCCUCAUGCGAUUUACCACAAUGCCAUAUAUGUUCUGCGACUUCAACAACGUCUGCAGCUACGCUCAGAAUAAUGACGACAGUCUUUGGCUUUCCACUGCCGAGCCAAUGCCCAUGACUAUGGUUCCCAUUCAAUCCAGGGAUCUCAUUAAGUACAUUUCGCGCUGCGUCGUGUGCGAAACAACAACGAAAAUUAUUGCACUGCACUCACAGUCCAUGUCCAUCCCGGAUUGCCCUGGUGGCUGGGAGGAAAUGUGGACCGGCUUCAGUUACUACAUGACCACAUUGGAUAAUACGGGCGGCGUUGGCCAAAACCUUGUCUCGCCCGGCUCUUGUCUGGAGGAGUUCCGUGCCAAUCCCGUAAUCGAAUGCCACGGACAUGGACGUUGCAAUUACUACGAUGCCUUGGCGUCCUUCUGGCUGGCUGUAAUCGAGGAGCAGGAUCAGUUUGUCCAACCGCGACAGCAGACACUCAAGGCAGAUCAAACUAGCAAGAUAAGCAGAUGCACCGUGUGCCGUCGUCGGGGCGAUAGCUUCAUCACGCGCCAGCGCUCUUCUUCAUCGUACAGCUCCGGCUCUGUUAGUGGAUCUGGCUCGCGCUUCAACACUGGUUCAGGUUCUAACUAUGGGCAAGGCUCCAGUUAUGGACAGGGCUCUAACUAUGGGCAGCGCUCCAAUAAUGUUCAAGGCGAAUUAAGCCAAAGCUCUGGUAGCGGCUCAAGCUCAGGAGGGAGAUUCCAAUCGCCUUCACAGUCUAGCUGGUCGACUGGCUAUCAAGGCGGGGAGUUCCGUCAAGGACAGCAAACGUUCCGUCAGCCACAGUCACAGCCUUCACACCCAAGCUGGUCGACUGGCCAUCAGAGUGGUGAAUUCCGUCAAGGACAGCAAACGUUCCGUCAGCCACAUCCACAACCUCAGCCACCACCGGCUAACUACAACCGUCAGUCCCAGUACCGCAAUCAAUACCAAAACGUUGGAAGGCGUCAAAACCCUCGGUAUCCGCGCGACGACACCCAUGCUCCUUAGAUGUCAGUUCAGUUUACACACUAAGUAGCAGUUAAAUAAUUAUUAAGUCUAAGUUGCUAUCACUAUCCGUUAACACAACCAAAUCAAAUCACCAAACACACCACAAAUAACUCAAAUCCUCUCUCUUAUUAUCUCUUUGAUGAUGAUAAUUAUUGAGUAGUGCCAUUUUCGAAUCGAGAUCAUAAAUGCUAAUUAAAUCUAAUCUAAUAUCGUACAAAACGAACAAAACAACCAAAAAUAUAUUUUAAUAAUAUAAUGAAUCAAAUAGUGGAAGCCGAUAUCGAUGCCAACUAUAUUAUAUUAAUCCACUGCCCUGAUAUGUAAUUUUAAAUAAAAUUUCACGUUGAUUGAUGAUUGAAGGGAUACAACUUAAUAACAAAGAAAGCCAAUGCCCAGUUUCUGAUAAAUAAAAUGUACACAUCAUUAAAAAAAUGCGAAAA